AUGCCCUCGAUGGAGAGAAUCCAGGGUGUACCUCAUGUCUUAAAAGGUGAUCGAUAUGGUCAUAAACAUAGUUUAUCGAAUCCUCAGAUACAGAAUUGUAUGGAUAGUAAUGCGGUCGCGGUGGUUCAGAAAACAAAGAGAAUUUGUAAACGUUGCAAUGGUGUAAUUACUGAGAAUUCUCUGAAGGCUCUUGGAAACUAUUAUCACGAAUAUUGUCUAGUGUGUCAUGACUGUGGUGCUUCAUGUAAGCCAAAGUUUUUCCCAUACGAGCUUCCUGAGACUUCGCAGGUUGUUAUACUGUGCCAAAAAGAUUAUUUUACAAGAAAUAAGCUGUUGUGCCAUGUAUGCAAGAAGCCAUUGAGUGGCGUAUACUAUAGUACGUUUGAUAAGCUAUAUGACGAAGAGCAUUUUUGCUGUACCUUAUGUGGGGUAAAGUGUAAGGUUUCCUCAUGUUUUCAUUACAAUUAUGAAUUAUACUGUAAGUACCACUUUUUGAAGUACUUUUCGAAUCGAUGCAAAGGCUGUAAUUAUCCUAUUUCAGACCAAUAUAUUGAGUUUCCUCGAGGAGGGGAAAUCUACUGUUGGCAUCCUGAGUGUUAUGGGAUCCAUAAGUACUGGCAUGUAAAUAUGCCACCAGAGGCAGUGGGUGUGCCUACAUUACCGAUGUGCGAAAUUGGAAAUCAUCGGGACAUAAAAGAUAUGAAUCCAUCAAGAGAGGAAAUGGAGAAGUAUACAGAGACACUAACGGGAAUUAUUUGUAAGACAUGGAAUGUGCUUUAUCGCUUUGAAGAAGAGACUGCAUCUUGCAUAUCGGAUAUGUUUCAAUACUUGACUAGCUAUGAUCAAUUUAAAGGAGUAGAUUCGACUGCUUUGUUUGUUCUCAAGCUGGAGUGUCUAUUUAAGGCAUUAGAUUCUCUGGAAACCAUCGGCAAAUAUACUAGGAAUAAACACAGUAAUAAUUAUAAUGGGAUAUCAGCCUUAAGUGCGCCAGAAUUAGAUGCAAAUGAGGAUAUGAACUUGAAGUAUUCUAAAUUUCCAAGGAAUUUAUGUAUGAAAAUUAUGAUUUAUUUGCAACUAUUGAGAAAAUUGGGAACAGCUUCUCAAGAAAAAGAGGUUAACGUUGGAUCUUUUAUGUCCGUAAUUACAAGUAUAGCUCACUUAUUGAAGCUAAUAGUACGGUAUGGUCUUUUUAAUGCUUUGGAACACAACAAAACUGUCCAUACAUCAAAUGCAUUAAUAAAAUUUCUACGGGAAAUAAAAAAGAACGAGAACUAUCAACGUCAGCCAUUUGACUACAUAAAUGUUACCAUAAAUGCCACUGAUAGUUGUAAUGAAUGUGAGAAAUACGUACAGGAAGAAUGCAUUCAAUUCAGGGAUGCUAGAUGGCACAUAGGGUGUUUUAAGUGUUCUAACUGCGAUAAACACAUUGAACUACAUGAUAUAGACGCUGCUUCUUACAACGUUGCGACCAAACUAGUGUAUUGUGCGCGAUGCGCGAUUGAUGUACCUGAAGCUAAAAAUGGAUUUAAGCAAGUUAGCAAAUUGAGCCAACUUAUAUUUCUAUUAAAGAUAGCGGUGGUAAGAUCGCGAAUAGUAAUGGCAUUACAAAUGAAAAACCAAGAAGCAGUACAAAGAACUAAUUCUAUAAAGGAGACAAUGUCGAUGCAGCAAACAUAUAUCAGGACUUUGAACGAUAUCAAAAGGUUGCGCUCUGGAAGAAAAUGUGUCCGCAUAACAAACAAUCAACAGGAUGCACGAAAAUCGAGAGUAUUAGAAACUGCAGAGAUGGACGUAAAUAAUAGUGCUAAGCGUCCAAAUGAUAGUUCUCUUGUUAUUGAAACAGAAAGUACAAAGGCUUCAGAAAGCAACAAUCCAAUGAUGUUUAACGGUCAAAAGACCCUUACUUUAGAUGAUAUUUCCCGUAUUGUAGCUGCAGAGCAAGCAAGGGAAUUAAGACCUAAUGCAUUUACACAUUUUAUGAGAAUUAAAGAAUCUGAUGAUGAAAAUACAACAUUCGUUUCGAAGAAAAGCGGGGUGUACUAUUCAGAGCUUUCUCCUGAGCGCUUUCAUAGAUUACAGCUCAUUGCUUUGGCAUUACUAUCCACUGGUAAAAUUGGCUUUAAUGUAAAUGAAAGCACCAUUAAUACGCUAAUACCGCCAAAUCCAAAGUCACCAACCACUUCAGGUGGUUUUUGGAACAAGCUGUUUAAAGGAAGGGAUUCAAAAGCAACUAAACAUAAAAAGGUAUUUGGCACUGCAUUAGAGAUUGUUUGCGAACGAUGGGGAGUCGACUCUGAUCUCAGCUCUGGUCCAGCCAAAAUACGUAUCCCAAUAGUAGUUGACGAAUUGGUUUCAGGUCUGCGCCAGAUGGAUAUGUCUGUUGAGGGAAUUUUCAGGAAGAAUGGUAAUAUAAGAAGGCUAAAGGAACUAACCGCCGCUAUUGACGAAUUUCCAAGCGAAGUUCCUGAUUUAACUAAGGAAAAUGCAAUUCAAUUAUCGGCACUGUUAAAGAAAUUCUUAAGAGAGCUUCCAAUACCGCUAUUAACAUUUAAGCUUUACGAUUUAUGGAUUCAAGCUGCGAAGCUGGAAUCCGAGCUUGAUGGUAAAAGGAUAUUUCCAUUGCUAUUUACAUUAUUACCUGCAUCUCACCGAAAUGUUGCAGAAGUAUUAUUUUCCUUCCUUCAUUGGACAUCUUCAUUUUCCCACGUUGAUAAUCAAAUUGGCUCUAAGAUGGACAUUCACAAUCUCUCAACUGUCAUCGCUCCGAAUAUUUUGUAUCAGGAAUUUAGCAACUCCACGACUCAGAAUAAUACACCAGGAGUAAUCCACAACUCCUAUAAUGAUGCAUUUGCUCAAAAUGAAGGCGAAGAUUACUUCUUGGCUAUAGAAACUGUUGAUUUCUUAAUUAAUAAUAAUGAAGACUUGAGUAUGGUUCCUAUGUUUAUGUCGACGCUGUUGAAUCAGAUAGAAGAAUUGAACUUAGUUGACUUUCAAUCGAUCCGAAAGCAUAUAAAUAACAUGAUAGAAGAAGGCAAAAUCAAUUUCAAGGACUUUGUGCAACAGGAUUCUAUCCAAGUUAAGAAGGCGGCCUCUGUAACAAAAAUGAGAGAUGUUACCAACAACUAG